AUGGAUAUUGAACUCUUGGAAGACUUAGGCUUUGGAGAAGACGAAGCACGAGAAGCACUGAAGCUAACUCAAGGAGACUUUGAGCAAGCUUUUGAGCUUUUGUCCGUAAAAGGUGCACAAGGAGAAGAAAAUAUUGAUGAAAAUUGGGAGCAAGAAUUGCUAUUAAGAAUUGGAAGACUGCAAGGAGAAGUGCUAGGGAAUGAUGAGAUUAUUACAAUUAAGCCAGAAGAGAUACCAAAGGAAUGAAUGCUGAGCUAG